AUGUGGGACACUUCCCAAACCGAAGCAGCACGGAGAUGCCGGCACUUUCUGCACGUGGCUGUGACCGUCGUCCUGUCCAUGCUCGCCGUUUCGGCAGGACUUCUCCGCUUCAUCAGCUUAGUGCCCCAGGAGGCCGAGCCCUGGCGCGAUCUCACCACCAGUGCCAUCUUCACAACAGACAUUGUUGCUGGCCUGGCCACUCCAACGUGCCUGAGCUUCCUGGGAGGCGUGAUGCCUGGCACUUUUGCACGGAGAAUGGACUACCUGCGGGAUUCCCUCCAAUAUCUGGGCGUGCUGCUAAAAACCAACAAGCUCAUGGACGAGUGGCGAAGCAUUGUUGGCAAAGACCUGAUGUGGCUCACGGUCGCAUGGUUUUCGAUCUGUGCGUUGAGGGUUGCAUCAACGUUGCUGCUGCACGACCUCACUCCAGCGUCAGUGGCUUGCAUGCUCGGCUUCGUGGUCUUCGCGUCCGUACUCACGGCUGUAGGCUUCGUGCUCAUAGCCGCCUGGCGCGGGUUGGGCCUGCGAGUCCAGCGGUUCACCGACCCUUUCAGAGAACAGGACGUGAACCUUGCAGCCGUGCAAGGCGAGUGGAGAGAGCUGGGCGCCUGCAUGCGCUCAAUGUCGCACGCUUUGCAAGCAUGCAUCGUGGUGCUGGCACUGACGGUGGGCACAGGAAUGAUCUCAGUGGCGUUUGAUGUGCUUAGAGAGGGCUUCGCCUUGACAAUGCUCCCGGCGGUGCUCCUGUUUGCUUUGAUGACCGCAACUUUGCUCCCCGCAGCACUCGCCAGCUCGGCGUGUGCUCGCUUUCCUUCCUUCGUGGCGAUCUACGACCCUGGCCCGGAGAUGGCAGAGAACUUCAUCCGCUUCGCAGACUUUAUCGCCAUGACCGAUUGCGGGUGCUUCCUUUGGGAGACAAAGCUCACAGCAGGGCUUCUCCAACGCGCGAUGUCCAUCACCAUAGCUCUGGCUGCGGCCAUCUACCGCAGCGGGAUCCUGGUAAACUAG